AUGGUGGGACGGUUACUCCCAACAAGAACUAGCAAUAAUAGACGACUUCUAUGGAUGGAUGUCGCCAAACGAAAUAUUCAAUCUCGCCGACUCCAAGCCAUACCAAGUCCAAACCAAAGGCGGUUUCCAAAAAUUCAACAGCAAAGCGAUAAUCAUCACCACCAACAAAUACCCGGGGAGUUGUCGUG